UGAAUUCCUAGCACCGUGAGUAAGUUGCAUAUUGACGAUUUUAUUUUCAUUGGAUGUUGCGACGGGCAGCCCAUACCGUAACAAGAACAAUGGAGAAGGUCACGUUUGGUAACGGGCUGCCCGGCUACGAGAUUGGGGAGAAGACGGCACCAGGACUUAUUGUCAUUCAGGAGUGGUGGGGCGUGAACGACAUCAUUAAGAACCAUGCUGAGACCCUCAGCAAGGACGGCUUCCGCUGCCUCAUCCCCGACCUGUACAAGGGCAAGAUCGGAGUGGACGCGGAGGAGGCCUCCCACCUGAUGAACAACCUGGACUUCAAGAACGCCAUCGAGGAGAUCAAGCAGGCGGUCGACUACCUCCGCUCCAGCGGCUCAAACAAGGUUGGCGCUGUGGGCUUCUGCAUGGGCGGCGCGCUCACCUUCUGCACGGCGCAGCACGCCGGCGUGGAUGCGGCUGCGCCCUUCUACGGCCUCCCGCCCGCAGCCAUCUGCCAGGUGGAGGCGAUCAAGGUGCCGGUGGAGGCGCACUUUGGCUUGCUGGACAAGAUUGAGGGCUUCUCCGACCCCAAGACCGCCAAGGAGGCUGAGGAGAAGAUGAAGGCCGCCGGUGUGCCCGCCGCCUUCCACUACUACGAGUCGGCCGGUCACUCGUUCUUCAAUGCCAAUGCGCCGGGCGGUCCCGAGGCCCUGACGAAGUACGGCUACCCGAUCCCAACCCAGGAGGAGGUCAACCUCUCCCACAGCAGGGUGGUGUCGUUCUUCAAGAAGCACCUGGCUUGAGGAACUGGGCGUCACAUGUAUACCUGCCAAUGGAGUCGGCGCGUAGCGGUGUAGGGUUUGGGCGUGCUGAAGUGCGAUCGUGCGGGAAUGCUGCGUUAUGUAUGCUGCUGCUAUUGUAUUAACUUGAGCGCGCGGUAUGCAGUCGUCCACGAAGGAAAGCAGGUUGUGAGGGAAAUUGGUGCUAACCCAACCCUUGGGUGCAGGACUCCUGGUGAACUUGCGUGGCGUGAAGGCGUGCGCGCUCUGUUAGGGUGAGCUCCCCGUCCACCCCUUGCUUGGGUGCUGAGGUGAUGUUGGCUGUCCCUGUUGGAACUGUGGUCCAGGCUAUUUCGCAACGCAUGCGAUGACUCCUUAAUUGCGCACGGAAAGACCUACAGCUCCUUAUAAAUAUUUGGAGGUUACUGAACACAUGGAUUUCAUGCAAAAUAAGUUGUAUGCAGAGGGCUAC